AUGCAAUACGAAUACAAUGUGACAGCUGUUGGACUCACGUCACGUUUUCCAUAUGUGUCUCCUGGCAACUGUAUGGGAUUAGACUGCAGAAAGCCAGGAGCUGAGGUUGAAUUUCUGAUGAACUGUCUGCAAUCAAUCAAUGCCACCAUAACCAUAGCGAAUGGCAGCGCUGACAUUACGCUUGGCACCGUUUUCCAAAAUAACCUUCGAUACGAGAAGGUGGAUUUUACUGUGCCCAUUGGUGCGGUGUAUCUUGGCUAUGUCAUCAAGGAGAGCACUCAAAUCGAAGUUGGAGAUUAUAUUGCUGAUGCAUUUGGACCUGUAGGCAAACACAAAUUUUGCUGUUGA